GAACAAGUCUUGCAUUGGGUGGAGCAUACUUAGAAACAGCAACUAUGUCUCUCAUGCAGCUUACUAGCUCCCCUGUUGGCUCACUGGUCCGUUUCAUUGUAAUAUUUGCUUUAUGGUACAGAACCAUGGCUUUGGCCAAGUUGCCACCAAACGCUUCAUCAGUUCCAGCAGUUUUAGCGUUUGGAGAUUCCAUCGUGGACCCAGGCAACAACAACAACAUAAAAACAUUGAUCAAGUGCAACUUCCCACCUUAUGGAAAGGAUUUUCAGGGAGGAAACCCAACGGGUCGAUUUUGCAAUGGAAAAAUUCCUUCUGACUUAAUAGCUGAACAAUUGGGUAUUAAGGAGUAUUUGCCUGCAUAUUUGGAUCCGAAUCUCAAAUCUAGUGAUCUUGUUACCGGCGUCUGCUUUGCCUCCGGUGCUUCAGGAUACGAUCCUUUGACACCCAAAAUAACGUCAGUUCUAUCGUUAUCUACUCAACUAGACAUGUUCAGGGAAUACAUAGGAAAGCUGAAAGGCAUUGUUGGAGAGAGCAGAACAAACUACAUCCUAUCCAAUAGUCUUUAUCUUGUGGUGGCAGGUAGUGACGACAUUGCCAACACCUAUUUUGUUGCUCACGCCAGAAUAUUACAGUAUGACAUUCCUUCUUACACCGACCUUAUGGUCAACUCAGCCUCUAAUUUUGUAAAGGAACUGUAUAAUCUGGGAGCUCGUAGAGUUGCAGUACUGGGUGCACCACCGAUUGGAUGCGUGCCAUCACAGAGAACUCUGGCUGGAGGGCUAACAAGAAAGUGCUCAGAAAAGUACAAUUACGCAGCCAGGUUGUUCAAUUCCAAACUUUCAAAGGAACUUGAUUCCCUCGGUCACAACUUGUCCGAUACCAGGAUAGUUUACAUUGAUGUUUACACCCCUCUGCUCGAUAUCAUUGAAAACUACCAAAAAUAUGGCUAUAAAGUUAUGGACAGAGGUUGCUGUGGCACAGGCAAACUAGAGGUUGCAGUGUUAUGCAACCCUUUGGAUGCCACUUGUUCCAAUGCUUCGGAAUAUGUCUUUUGGGAUAGUUAUCAUCCAACAGAAGGAGUUUACAGAAAGCUCGUAAAUUAUGUUCUUGAAAAGUACAUAGAUCGAUUGUUUUGAGCUCGAUUAAGUUUGCCUACGGGAAGUAAUAUCAAUUAUUAGUUAUGUUGAUGUCAACGAAGACAAUGAGUAUUUUGAUUUGUCGAGUUUUGGUGUGAUUGUUCGGUACUUUUUGUAGAUUUCAAUGUUCACAGGCAUCGAUCCAUCUCACAGACGUUCCACAUUUUUCCUGUGUGAAAUAUUUACCUUUAAAGUGGAUGUAUGUUGUUGUAUUCAGGUGUUUAAAUAUGAUUUUUGAUGAUUUUACUGGUUGGAAAUAGCUAUUUCCUUGUUAGUUGGAGUUACCAAGUAAAAAUGUUAUUUUGUUGUUUUUGGAGCUUGUUAUUUUGUGUCUGCCAUAAUAUUCCUCUAUAAAAUGUUUCAUUAUGUUAUUUUA